AGAGGAAGACGAUGCGUGGGUCCAGACAUGCCUGGUUAGCGAGUAGAGGAAAUGCACAAUGUUCAACCUCGGCCGAAAAAAUUUUCAAAGCCACCUCCGUCAUGGACGUUCAUCGGAGCCCCAGCCCCACUGCAGACAUUCCGCCUUCUGCCGUUAGAAUACUGCUCGAUGCGUUGGUCCACUCUGAGGACGUUUUGCAGUCACCAGCGUCGGAGGAGGAGAAAUCCACAACUGGAAAGGGCUUCGCAGCCCCGGCGUGGCUAAGGCAUGAGGAUGUGGUAGUGCGACAAACAACGUCAUUGCGACAAACAGUAUCAGCAUGUCGACGCUAAAAAGGGCUUGGAGAAUGGUGUAGUCCUCGCCUCUGGCAGGCAGGUUGAACAUGUUGAUCGUGCAGGAGUUUGCCGCCUUCUUCGAAUUUGUUGGAGGUAGGAUCGUCAGCAGCGGCAAAGGUGGCGGAGGCGGCGGAGACUCAAUGGGAGGUGGACUUUGAGCUAG